CUAGCAUCUCGCCAUGUCUACCUCGUCGCCUCGACGGGCCCCGGCGAUUCCUGCCAACGUGGCGCCGAUGCCGUUGCAGCCUCGUUCCACGCCCAACCACAUCGUGCCACCGCGCACCGCCGCAUCCUCCGGCAAGGGCGCCAUGGCGCCUCCGUCGGGCUCGCACCGCGUGCCCGCGCCGUCUGCCGGCAGCAGCAGCAGCCGUCCGGCCAAGAGCGCCGCUGAGCAGGCUACUUCCGGCCGCUCGCGGCAUGCGCAGCCGCGCGAGCGCACGGGUGAGGCUCGUGCCACUGGCCGCCUGGCGACGGAGAAGAAGCGCGAGCACAAGGACCCGCCGAGCAUCGGCCCCUGGAAGCUGGAGCAGCUCAUCGGCCAGGGCGCAAGUGGUCGCGUUCGUCUCGCCACGCACACGCAGACGGGCAAGCAGGCAGCCGUCAAGAUUGUGCCGAAGCAGGCCAUCCUCUCGUCGCGUCUGUCGCUGCGCGACGCCGGCGCCAAGCAGGACAAGAUGACGCUGGGCAUUGAGCGCGAGAUUGUCAUCAUGAAGCUCAUCGAGCACCCGAACCUGCUCGGUCUGUGGGAUGUGUACGAGACGAGCAAGGAGCUGUACCUCAUCAUGGAGUACGUGGCGGGCGGCGAGCUGUUCGACCACCUCGUGUCCAAGGGCCGGCUGGAGCCGCACGAGGCGCGCUCGUACUUCCGCCAGAUCAUCUGGGGCAUGGACUACUGCCACUCGUACAACAUCUGCCACCGCGACCUCAAGCCCGAGAACCUGCUGCUCGACGCGACGAAGAAGAUUGUCAAGGUGGCCGACUUCGGCAUGGCGGCGCUGCAGCCGGCCGAGAAGAUGCUCGAGACGAGCUGCGGCAGCCCGCACUACGCCUCGCCCGAGAUCGUCAGCGGCAAGAAGUACGAGGGCAGCAUGAGCGACAUCUGGUCGUGCGGCAUCAUCCUCUUCGCGCUGCUCUGCGGUCGUCUGCCCUUCGACGACCCCAACAUCCAGAACCUGCUGGCCAAGGUCAAGAAGGGCCACUUCGAGAUGCCCAACUGGCUGCAGCCGCAGGCGCAGGAUCUCAUCUGGAGCAUGCUCGAGAUCGAGCCGACGAAGCGCCUGCGCAUGGACCAGAUCAUGAAGCACCCCUGGUUCACCGACAACGGCCGUCUGAGCAGCGCCAACCCCGUCAAGCCCAACAUCCACAAGCUUGGCAGCGACCAGUUCCCCGUCGAGGACCUCGACACGGACCUGCUCGGCAACCUCAAGACGCUGUGGCCCGAGCUGAGCGAGGCGCAGCUCACCGAGCAGCUCAAGAGCACGGGCGGUAACUGGCACAAGACGUUCUACUCGCUCCUCGCCAAUCAUCGCGACAACCAUCUCGGCGACGACGAGGACGACGACGACGUCGAGGCGCUCACGCAGGCGCAGGCGUCGACUGCACCCGCAGGUGGCAACAGCCUGGGCCUCGCACUCGGCAUCCCGGCACAGAGCGACCGGGAGCGCGAGAAGGAGCGCGAGCGAGAGAAGGAGCGCGAGCGCGUCCAGCGCCAGCUGCGCGAGCAGGAGAAGCGCGUGCAGGCGCGUCGCUCGUCGGACAAUGCCUCGAACGCCUCGAGCUCGCGCUCGUCUUCGGUGAAGAAGGAGGCGGCGGCGGCUCCCCAGCUGGUUGCACACCGUCCGGCACCUCAUUCGCCUGGCAAGAACGUGGCAGCGGCUGUCGCCGCCCGCACCCAGGCCGAGGCACUCGCGCGGCAGGAGGCUGCGGCAGCGUACCGCAACUCGCCGGCUCGCAGCCGAGGUGCCUCGAUCGACGCACCUCGUUCCCCAGCUGGUGGCGCGUACCACGCAGCGCCCGUCGGUGGUCGCUCUCCCGGCCGGCAGUCGCUCGACCAGCCGCGGCCAAGCUACCUCGCCGCUGCACCGCCGUCGCCGUCUACGGUGCGCAAGCCGCUGCCGUCGCCUCAGCUCGCCGGCGACGACCUGUUCGCAACGCCCGAAACGCAGCGUACACCGGUCGGCCCAUCGCUCCAGCGACGCACCACUUCGCCGACGCAGCGCCCUGCCGCAUCGCCGCGCGCUGUGAUCGCCGAUGCCUUCGACAGCACGCCGUCUCGCAACACGCGAAGCGGACGUGCGUCCGACACCACGCCUCGCGCACAGAACGUCCGCGCCUCAUCUCGCUCAGGCUCGCCAGAGCGCGGCAGCGGGCGCCCUGCCAGCGCACAUGGCAGCAGUGGAGCACCGUCCAUUGCUGUGCCUCAGGUCGGCGAUGCGACGGUGCAGCGGUUCUUCCAGGAGAUCGCCGACGAGCUCGCAAACAUCCGCGCCACGGGCGAGAACCCCGAGGCGCUGCAGCUCAAGUUCGAUCGCCUCAAGGAGGUCGCAGUUGCCAGCUCAGUGCCGGUCCCGAAUACGCCAGUGCUGGCCAGCCGCCCGCCGUCGCGCGGCAGCUCGCGGCCAGGCUCGCGUGCAGGCUCUCGACCGGCCUCCGUGCUCAGCGGCACGUACGGCGCGCGCCCGGACAACCGCCAGGACAUGCAGUUCGAGGAUGCCGACGAGGACAGCGACGAUGACCUGCAGAGUGUGCGCAGCGGCACCGCCUCGGAGUCGUCUCGCGGCUACCCAUACACGCCGACCUCGCCCAUCCCGCCUCCGCUGGCGAGCCCCAGCGGUACUACCGCCCCGCUGGCCGUGGCCGACAAGGACUACCGGUCCGGCCGCCCGACGCUGCUGCGCGGCGUCACGAGCCCUCGUCCGGCCAGUGUCUUCAGCACGGCAACGACGAGCAGCACUACUUCUGCGCCCACUUCGAGCGGCACUGGCACGCUCGGUCGCCGACGCAGUCUCCUCGGCCGCCGCAAGGCCGCCGUGUCGGAGCAGGCACCUGCCGAGUCGGGUCGCACCUCGCUGGCCUACGAGCGCCUGCAGGAUGCUGGAGCUGCUCGCUCGGCAGCUGGCACCUCUGCUCCGCUCGCAGCCUUCGCAGCCUCUCGCGGGCCCAACGCGACCAACUCGCCGACACGCCUGCAGCAGAAGAACCCGGGCCUCGGCCUGGACAUCUCGCACGGCGCGCCGCAGCACGGCAGCAGCAUCGCCGCACCCUCGAUCCGCAGCCCGGUGCCGAGCAACACGUCGGCACCGUCGACGCCGCGCGAGGGCGCCAGCCCCAAGCAGAGCUGGUUCUCCGGUCUCUUCAACUGGAAGGUCGAGAAGCACGUCCUGCUCUCCGUCGAGAACUUCUCUGCCACGCACGCCGAGGUGAAGCGCCUGCUGCUCAGCUCCGGCGCGCGCGUCUUCGUCGAGGACGCCGAGCACAUGGGCGUGCUCAAGUGCUCCCUCGCCGAGGUCCGCGACGGCAGCGGCGCCAAGCCGGUGCGCUUCAGAGUCGAGUUCGCGAUCCUGCCGAUGAGCAGCAGCAGUGCAGCAGCGUCGCCGGCGCUCGACACGACGCGCCUCAGUGCGCCGUCGCCGGCACUGAGCAGCUACUCGGGCCGCAGCACGCCGAGCGACGGCGGCGUCUACGCCACGAGCUGCACCAUCAUACACGAGAAGGGUGCGCCCGCCGCCUUCCGCCGCACAUACGAGGAGCUGCGCCGCAACUGGACCCUCGGCGGCGGCGCCGGCGGCAUGUCGGUGCCGUCGAGCCCGGCCGCUGUCGGCCUCGGCAUCGCUCGCUAGAUUUUCCCUCCCCUUCCCAGCGCGCUGCCGCUCCCUUCCCACGCUCCUUUCUCUCGUCUCAUUGUCACACUGCACGCAUUGCCCCAGCACCACCGUCUCGCCACGCACCUCUGCCUGGCAGUCUCGCUCGCUUACUGCCUCAUUGUCUAAUUUAUCCCUGAUAGCAA